AUGUCAAAUUCUAAUAAUAAUGAUAUAGAUUUAAAUAAUAACAGCAAUAACAAUAAUAAUAGUAAUAAUAGUGAUAAUAGUAAUAAGGUAGAAAAUAAAUUAUCAAAAAAUGAGUUAAAAAAAUUACAAAAACAACAAUAUAAAGAACAAAAAAAAGCAGAAAAGAAAGCAGAAAAGAAAGCAAAUAAAGAACCAAAAGAACAACCACCAGUAGUCACAGAACAGAAUAUCGACUUUGCAGAGCCCAAGACAGAUAGAGAAGCAUAUCACAUCGAAGUUAAACAUGUGCGUGAAAUUUAUGACCGUAUAGCAUUACAUUUCGAUUCAACUCGUUAUAAAGCAUGGCCAAUUGUUGAAAAUUUUUUAAAUAGCAGAAAAUGUGGUUCAAUUGGUUGCGAUGUAGGCUGUGGUAAUGGAAAAUAUUUAGGUGUAAAUCCAAAUGUACAUUUAAUAGGUUCAGAUAUUUGUAAUAAUUUUGCAACUAUUUGUAAUGAAAAACAUUAUGAAGCAUUGGUUGCAGACGGUCUUUUCUUACCAUACAAAUCGGAUCAAUUUGACUUUGCAAUUUCAAUCGCUGUAAUCCACCAUUUCUCCACAUUCGAAAGAAGAGUCGAAGCAUUAAGAGAAAUCAUUAGAGUUUUAAAAAAAGAUGGCACUUUAUUAAUUACCUCAUGGGCUAUGACACAAAAAUGGAAAGGAAAAUCAUAUGAAAAUCAAGAUGUAAUGGUACCAUGGUUAUUCCAAAAUCAAUUUAAUAUGUCAAAUAAAACAGAUGAAGAAGAAGAACAACAACAACAACAACAACAACAGGAACAACAACAACAGGAACAAGAAGAAAAAGAUAAUAAAGUUGAAAAAUCAGGAUCUCAAUAUGAACUUUAUCACAGAUAUUAUCACUUAUUUGAAGAUGGUGAAUUUGAAAGAAUGGUAGAUCAAAUCCCAGAAUGUAUUUUAGAAGAAAAUAAUUUAGAUCACGAUAAUUAUUAUUGCUUUAUUAAAAAGAAAUAAGAUAAAAAAUUUAAAAUAUAUAUAAAUAAAACCAAUACAUAUAUUAUGUAUUGUAACAAAUAAAAACAAUAUUUAUUAUUGUUUAACG